AGCCUGCAAGUGCAAGAACGACCUCUCACGACCGUAGUCACAUUUUCAAGUUACCUUUGGCUUUGCACUUAACACUUGGUACCAUAAGUGCGAUACCCCAUACCCAUAGAUAUCGAAGCACAGACUCAACAUCAGAACUGCUACAGGAUUUUUGUGACAGCCUGCUGAUAUUAUCAAACCUAAAGAGAACAAGAUCAAUUUUCAUUCACCAUUUUUGCAUUUCCGAGACGUACUUAAGCGACGCCUAUGAAUAAGUACUUAUCCAGUUUGUAUCAAGUAGAAGUAAAAAGUAUCUGACGACAAACAAGCAAAAAAAAACAUGUUGUGCCCCCACUAUUUACGGCACUCGCACACAAUGAAAAUAAACAUAAUGACAAUAUUCACUUUGAAAAGCCACUGGCUUACACUUUACUCCUGUUUUGUCUUCGACUAAAAAGUUAUCUUAAUUACUCUACAAGAACAAUCGCACGAGGAGGUAUUGGACGAUGCAUGACAAUUUUACCCCCCUCCCAUUGCGUCUAUGCAUGAGAAACAGCUAUUUAUUAUCAAAAAACCAAUUUGCUAAAUGCACGAUAUUACAGAGAAGGACGAAACGAGAGAGAGAGUAGCAGACUUGUCUUAUCCAGAAUGCAACACUAUUUAUUUUCGGAGGUAACUGUUUGUCAUGCAGAAUUAUCAUUAUGUCAAGAUGAAGCAAAACAUAAUGCAUACACGCAUCCGAGGAUCCACUCCUGCAAGGCGAAGACUGCAUGAGCAGUUACGCUGAUAAGAUCAGUCUGCAUGACAAACUUCCAUGACACUCCGAAAUAAAGUUUUUCGACUUCCAUACCUCUCUCCUGAGAAGGAUUCUUCUUCUGUUUUUCAGAGGAUAUCGCAAGAAAAAAGUGUUACAGUUACACAUUGUAAUAUUGCAGGCCAAGCAAGACAGACGAGCUCUGUCAUGCCGGAUACGCAUAGAAGCCUCGUUUCUUAGGUGUUUUCCCGUAGGAUUUCUGCAUUACAAGUUCUCCCUCUCAUGCAGAGAAAAUUUGUAUUGCUGAAUUGACAACAAAUGUGUAACUGUAACACUUUUUUCGUGGGAUAGAGGAAGAGCGUGGUGUAGUCCGAUUCUGGAAGGAAAUUGGACAAGCUACAGACCAGCACGGACGGGAAUUCUCUUGACCAAAAACGGCUAAGAGGCACACAUCGCAGAUCGGAGACCAGACCAUAACGUAUGGAAAUGAAAAUAUCAAUCUGGGUGCUGGUUCUCUUGGAGAAGGAACGCGAAUGAUUUUUCCUUGUAAUGCAUCACAGAUCGCGUGUAUGCAUCACAGAUCGCGCUGUCGCUGUCCUUCAAAUCACUCGCGUCACGAAUGAUCCCGAUGACCCGGAAGUUUUUAUUUUGCAUAAGAGCAAGAUGACUGCAACUGGUGUCCCGGAAGAGGCCGCCGUCUCGGUGGCCGCCCUGCCUGUGGAGGAGACUGCGGUAUCAAAUUCUUGUUUCUACUCAUGCGUCAUUAUGCAUUAGAGGUUGUCACUCUCACUUCUCCCACGGGACUAGAGAGUUUGCGGAACUGAAUUUGCUUUCUUCCUUAGGAACUGAACUCCAAGAAUUAAUACACCAGGUAGCGAAGCUAUCGUAAGAAAAAAAUGUUUCACUGUAAGGAUUUUGCAGGUUUUGCAUCACAGGUUUGCUCUACAUCACAGAGGAAAUUUGCCAUGCGAGAUUCCUGAGGGAAAACACAGCCAGAAAUCCAUUGUCUUGCAUGUGUAGCAACACAAACACUUCUCAGAUGCAUUUUCUGCAUCACAAGUUCACAGUGAAACAGUUUUUUCUUGCGAUAGAAGCAGGUGGAGCAAAUGGAGCAGCAAGACCAGGAUCUGCACCCGACCACCCCGACCAAAAACCACUAUCCUGUGCAAAACUAUCCUAGUCGUACAUGCAUGACAAAUCUGCUUCUCGAGCUAAAUCAGCAUGACAAGUUCGGCGUCUCAUGCUGAGCAGCAAAUUUGUGAUGCCAUUGCUACUAGUACGAUGCUUUUGCCAUGCAUAAGCCGGGCACGAUCACGAAAUGCAACCAGUUCAUCGAGAAGCAAACCUGCUUAUCAAAUGUAAAAAUGUUUGGGUCUGGAAGAUUGCCAGGUAUGUCAUGCACAUUUUGCAUGACUCCUGAUGUCUGUGAUGCAUGCCCUAGCAUCACAGAUUUUGUGACGGCUUCCUGAUGCCUAUACCGCUUGACACAUGCUCUUUCCGUGUAGCAAAACUUGGACUCUCUUUGCUGCUCAUGCAAUACAGAUUUUUUGAGAAUUCAAAAUCAGCAUGACAAGUUGGAUUCUUCCAGACCCAGACAUUUUUACAGUUGAUACUGCUCUGCUGCGUCGGCCGAAACCACCGAAUCUCUGGCCCACACCACCCCGGACACCGACACCGACCACAAAAACAUCGCGAAUGCGAAUGAGGACGACUGCUGCGAGAAUGAGAAAUAUGAGAGUGCACAAGUCGUCCCCCUCCCCCUGAUUUGUGUUUAUUGUGAUGCAAAGUUCACAAUCUCGUUGCUGCUUUGUGGCACUGUUUGCAUGAGAAAUUGCUCUGAAGCUGCCCAAACAGUACUUGAGUACUCCAAAUUUUUAACAUUUGGGGUUCGAGUUAUUUGUCAUGCACAGGGUCUAAGUGUGCUGGUGUUUGUAUUGCUGUUCAUGCCAUACAGCAUGAACAGGGAGGGGCGAGAGUUGUGCACCCUCAUAUAUCCUGUGCAAAAGUAUCGUACUCGUAUAAAUGCAUUACAAAUUUUCUCAGCAUGAGAAAUAAAAUUUGUAAUGCGGAUUUACCUAACGAAAGAGAUUUGUAAUGCAUGACUGCAAUUACUACGAGUGCGAUACUUUUGCAAUGCAUAUCAUAAGAAACUGCAGAUGCUGUCGGGAAUGGAAGCCGGCGCGGUCGGUUAUGGCGUUCUCUAAUGUUACAUUCUCAACGGUUACACGAAUUUGUAAUGCAAGAACGGCAAAAGUGAAAGGAGCAAGAUUGCGCCUUUUGCAUUACAGAUUUGGCACAGAUUUAGAUGCUGUUUAGCCCUUCGUAGAUUUGUUAUGCGAAGCAGCUUAAUCGUGGCGAUCUUGGUGGUAAAUUUGCAUGGCAAAUCAUGUAACAGUUGAGAAUGUAACGUUUGAGAGUCCCAUAUCGGUGACAAAGAAAACGAGAUCGUGAUGACCAGUCCGAUAUGCGCUGCAAAUAAAGUUGUCUCGUUGUAGUGUAAAUCGCAUGACAAAUUUUAUCAGCAUGAGAACCGGAACUUGUGAUGCGGGUUCGCCUCAAGAAGGAGAUUUGUAAUGCGUGACUGCGAAGAUUACUAUGAUACUUUUGCACAGCAUAUCCGAAUGCGGCCCUGCUGAACUCCGGCGCGGCGGAUUUGCUGACGGCGACGGGGUAUCAAAUGUAAAAAUGUCUGGGUCUGGAAGAAUGCAACUUGUCAUGCUAAAUCUGAAGCAUGCAAAAGUCUGUGUUGCAUGAUUACCAAAAGUCGUCCAGUUUUGACCAAGUCGCGAGGCAGUUUCUCAUGCAGGAGAGGCAUGAGAAAGAUCGCGCAGCAUCUGUCAUGCUACGUCCUGCAUUCCAGACCUCAUGGAUCGUGGAAAAGCUGCAUGACAAAUCGCGCGUUCUUCCAGACCCAGACAUUUUUACAUUUGAUGCGGGGUAUCCACCGCAUCCAAUAUGUCUGGGUCCUCUGGAAGGUUGUCAUGCUAAUGUCCCAAUGAUACACGGCAGACCGUAUUGCGGAGCCGCGCAUGACAAGUUCUUUCAUCUGAGCGGCUACAAUGUGUAGCGUUCUUAAUCGCAUGAAAAAUUGUCUUUUUGCAUGACAAAUCGAAGUGACGUUGUAGCCGCGCAACAAGCAUGACAGACUUUUCUUUUAUCGUCGGCCAAGCGUGACAAUUAAUUGGCACAACUCUUCCAAAGAACCCAAACACAUUUGCAUUUGAUACUGGGGAACCGACUCUGGUGGACCAAACUGUGGAAAAUGUAGUUGCCUCCGAGACCAAGCUGCAGGAGGAGCCGGCUGCGCAACCGGCCAACGUGCAGCAACAGCAGAACACCACCGCCACUGCAGCUCCCGCGGUUGUCCAGGACGAGAACGCCAUGCGGUACCAAAAGUACCUGGACCACGCCAUCCGCUGGAAGAAGGUCGACGAAGCCUGGUCGUGGGUGGACAAGAUGCUGACCUCCGACUACCAGAUCGACUACCAGUCCGUCUCCGCGCUCGUGAAAAUCUCCCUCGAUGGCGACAGCCGCACCGCGAAACUGCGCCGGGGGUUUUCGCUGUUGAAAAAAUUCCUGCGGUAUCCACAGUAAAUUUCCCGUACACGACGUGCAAAUGCGGUCUCUGCAUGACAAAACUUGGCUUCGAUCCUAGUUUAGCAUGAUAAGUUUCACGCUCCAAAUUGGUGAAAUUUGUGAUGCAUCUUGUACAUGUACGGGAGAUUUGUAUUGCAUAUCCGGAAGUCCAAGGACGCGGAAGAAGGUCUGUACAACACGUGCCUGGAUGGUUUCGCGCGCCUCCGUAUCAACUGCAAAUACGUCUGGGUCUGGAAGGUGGCAACUUGUCAUGCUAAAUCUGAAUCAUGCAGAAGUCUGUGUUGCAUGAGCAUGAGUGCCAAAAGCAGGCCACUUUCGACCAAGUUGGGACGGAGUUUCUCAUGCAGUAAAGGCAGGAUACAGACCUCACAGAGUCUUUCAUGCUAGGUACCGCAUUCCAGACCUCAUGGAUCAUGGAAAACCAGCAUGACAAGUUUGAGUACACUCUUCCAGACUCAGACAUAUUUGCAUUUGAUACUCCGGGACGUCCAGUCGAUGGAACAAACGAUGGUGGACCUGCGUGGGCACAUGUACUCGGCCCGGCCGGGGGCGGUCACGUACGGUACCCUGAUCAAGGCCUACGGAACCUUCCGGGACUUCAAUCGCGGUAGAGGAGUUGUUUUGAUAUUGCAUUGCAUAAUUGCAUUGCAGCGUCACAAAUUGCUUUCAACUUCUGCAAAUAAUAGCAUCCAGGAUCGUUGGUUCCGUUUAUUCAGUAUCAAAUGCUGUUGCUGUUCCACUUUCACCAGCUGCAACAGAGACCACUCUUUCAAAUCCGGAUUCUGCAAUACAAAUUUUCAGUUCUGCUGUUGUGGGAGGAGAUGCGCAAGACCGAUAUUCCCCCGAUAUCACACAGAAAAAAGCCGGCAGGUCACAUUUGUAAUGCAAAAACAAAUACACAAAAAAGUCUGCAUAGCAUAUCCUAAACAGCAUGCUAUGGGGCCGCCCAUGACAGAUUUUUCUGUGUAUUUAUUUUUGCAUUACAAAUCUGCCCUGCCUGCUUUUUUCUGUGGGAUACCCGAACGCGGUCACCUACGGCUGCAUGCUGGAUGCCUGCGUGAAGUGCAACCACGUGGAGAUGGCCGUCCAAACUUUUGAAGACAUGAAGUCCUCCAACCUGCACAAGAACACGGUUCUGUACACGACCAUCAUCAAAGGUACUGAUAUAUAACUUACGAUUGUAGCGGUCUUCAUGCAUCACAAUUUCAAUCAUGCGGAGCCGUAGCAUCGAAACAGAAUUUUGGAAAAAAUUUGUGUUGCAAAGCUACCUGUUGACAUACUCUGUCAGGUUUCGCCAAGAUCAAGGACCUCGCCCGUGCCAUGAAGCUGUACCGGGAAAUAUCAAGAAGAAAAAUCCCCCCUCCCCAUGACAAAACGGAAAUCUGUGGUGCUGUAUUUGAGUACACAAAUCAGAUUUGUCUUGCAGUAAAGGACUGCACGCAGAUCGCAAUCCUAAGGGGGGGCCUCUUGUUGUAGGGGCCUAGCUUGCUAGAGGUCUAGCCUAUAGGCCUUCCAGCAUUGCAAACCGCCUGCAUAUCGUGGCGGAGUCUCUGAGGUUGCCCUCAUGCAAGAGAGACAGGAUUUGUGGCCACAAAUCAGCAUCACAAAUUUUGAGAAACGUGCCGCUUCAUUAUGGGGCGGGGGGACUUCUCCUUUCCAUAGGAAAUGCUGUCGGAGCGGGUGCCGUGCAACGUUGUGACCUACAACUCCCUGAUUGAUGUCGCUGUGCGGUGCAACAACAUGAAGGUCGCCGCCAUGGUCCUACAGGAGAUGCAGGCGAGUGGUAAUGUGAAAAUCAUGACAGACCCAUGAUGCUGAUGUUGUCUAGUUAUGCAGGCUUUUGCAUCACAAAGAUUUGGAUUAUGAAAUCAAAAAGUUAAGUUACUUACUUACUUACUUGUUCCACUUCUGAUUCAUGACAAUCCAGCAUGCAUGCUGAGCAACUUUUGUCUUGCGUAGUCCCGCAUCCGCAUCGUAGAUAGAAGCAAAAAUACUAUAUCGAAUAAAGGUAUUAUGCCGGACAUCAUCACCUUCUCCACCCUGGUCAAGGGAUUCUGCAACGAAGGCAACCUCCGCAAGGCCCUGCUUGUCGCCAACGAGGCCCGGAUGCGCCGCUUGCCAGUCGAUGUAUCAAAUGCAAAAAUGUGUGGGUCUGGAAGAAUGCAUGUUUGUCAUGCUUGUCUGGCAUGACUCUUAAAUCUGUCAUGCAGGUUACCCAAGAGCCGCCUUUUUCUGCCAUGCAGAAACGCAGUUUGUCAUGCAGAAUAGGCAACACCUAGAAGCUCAAAAACUUGUCAUGCUGGGCCAGCACUUGUGGUCUUCUCAUGAUACGCCACCCAGCAUCACAAAUUUCCAGACCCAGACACUUUUGCAAUCCAUACGAUGAGAUCAUGUUCAACUCUCUGUUGGAUGGCUGCGCCAAGAUUGGAGACUUUGAUACUGGUACGGGUCGUGUUUUUUUUCAGCUUGUUGUGUUUAUCUACAACGACCUGUCAACAUGCAUGAUAUGUUCCGAUGAACGCAGAAAGAAUACUUAAUGGCUUGUGAUGCGUGAAAGGAAAUCAAAGUCUGACAGCACUGUUUCACUACACAUUAUUAUAAAAAUCAGGUCUGAUGGUUUUCGCGGACAUGCAGCGGUGCAACAUUGCUCCGUCCUGCGUCACUUUUUCCAUCCUGGUGCGCCUGUACGCGGGGGUGAACCGCUUGUACGAUGCCAUCGACUUGGUUUUCCGCCAAAUGCCGUUCGUCUGGAAGUGUCUGCCCACCCGCGCGGUUUACUCCUGCCUGAUGAAGGCCUGCGCGCAGCAGGGCGACCCGAUGAACGUGGCCUGUAUCUUGAAGCAGCGCAACGCCCUGCCCGAAUCGCAGAUCAACCAGCUGCUCCGCGAUGCGCAGUAUGCAUUGGAAAAGCAUCGUACUACGUAUAAAGUGCAUUAGAAAUAAUUAGCAUAUACAAAUUUAAUUUCUAAUGCUGAUUCACCCUGAGAAAGAGGUUUGUAAUGCAGAAAUGCAAUGACUACGAGUGCGAUACUUUUGCACAGGAUACGCAGGCCACCGCGAUCGGCUGUGCGGCUAUGAUGGCGGGAAACCCGGGCGCGGCGGCGCUGGACGGACGCAUAUGAGAGUGCACAACUCCCCCUCCCCCUCAUUUGUAAUGCAAAAUACCAAAUUCGCACCUUGCAUGGUGGGAACUGAUAGCAUGACAAAUUUUGGAACGUCAAAUAGUACUAGAAUCCGCAUGCAGUUUUGUCAUGCGAAAGCCCCUUUUCUGCUGUUGCUUGUGUUGCUGUUCAUGCAAUACAAAUGAGGGGCGGGAGGGGGAGUUGUGCACUGUUAUAACGCAACGCAGCUGCUCUGAACGCGAACGCCGCGGCUCUGAACGCCGGGCAGUUGGUAUUACGAUGAAAAAUGCCCCCACCCCCGAACUUGGGAGCAUUUGUAUUGCAAACCUUUCCAAAUGAAACAUUCGCCCUCUUGCAUGUAUCAGCAUCACGGGUUUUCAAUCGUGAAUAGCAAAAAUUUGUAUUGCAAAAGACCCCAGCAAGAGCGGCACUUGUCAUGCAAGCGAUGCGAUACACGCCUACAUUCUGCAUCAGAAAGAUUCAUACUCCUUUCAUGCAUGACAAAAAGUUUUCAUUUGGAAACUUCGCAUCACAAAUUUUUGCAAUUUAGGGGUGGGGGGCACUUUUCACUGUAAUAGUUGGCCGCCGCGAACUACCACCACCUGUCGAGUCAGCACGCGUCUAGUAACGCUGCCAUGGCUGCGGCCCUGGGCCAGCAUGGGUCUACUUUAUCAUGCGGAAAAGCACCGUACUAGUAGAAAACGCAAGGCAAAUGACCUUAGCAUGACAGAUGCAAUUCACCAUGCUGCUUUCGCUUGGGAAGAAGAUUUGUCUUGCAUGAUUGCGAUUAGUUAAAGAGUACGAUGCUUUUGCACAGGAUCUGUUUCGGGGGCCAACAACGGAAACUCCGUGCGGCACUUGGACCAGCAGCAGGGCGGAAACAACGGGCUGAACACUGUAUGAAUUGCAAAAAUGUCUGGGUCUGGAAGAGUGCAACUUGUCAUGCUACAUCUGGAUCGUGGAAAAAUGUGUGUUGCAUGAUUACGAAAUAAAGAGGUCCACUUUUGAACAAGUUUAGAGGCAGUUUCUCAUGCAGGAACGGCAUGAUAGAGAUCUCACAGAGCCUGCCAUGCUAGGCCGUGCAUGGCAGACCGCGUGGGUCAUGGAAAACCUGCAUGACAAACCUACCAAUCUUCCAGACCCAGACACUUUUGCAUUUGAUACACUGCUGGUGGGAACAACGGAAACAACACCCAGCAGCCCAACGUGAACCAGAACCAGCACAAUGUCAACGGCAACCAUCAGCAGCAGCACAAUAAUGGACAGAACGUCAACAACGCGAACAACAUGGGAGGUGCCGGGAACAACGCCAACAAUAACGGCCAGAACAACGUCGGCCAGAACAACCUGAACAACAUGGGCGGAAACAACAAUGGAAACAACAACCAGCAGUUGCUUCUGCAGCAGCAGCAACAGCAGAUGCAGGGACAGCAGAAUUCCGCGGCGAUUAGCCAGCACCUGCAGGCGCAGCAGACCCAGCUGGACGCGAUGAUGAACAUGUUGGCGCAGACCAGCGGUGCUGCGACGGGGGUGAACACCGGGAUAUGCAUUGCAAAAGUAUCGUACUCGUAGUGAUUGCUUUUAUGCAUUCAAAAAUUUCUUUCUCAAGUUAAAUCCCCAUUACAAAUUUUAUUUUUCAUGCUGGGGAAAUUUGUGAUGCAAUUCAUACUAGUACGUUGCUUUUGCAUUUCAUACGGGAACCCGUUUGGCAACUUACCGGGGGUCAACACCGCGAACCCGUUUGGCAACGCUUUGAACAUGCACGGUGGCAUAUCCUGAGUAAAAACGUACCCACACCAGAGUUGUAAUGCAGAUUUGCAAAGACAGGAAGACUUGUAACGCGCAUCCCCAUGAGAGCCAUUGCCAGUCGUGUUUUGGAAUUUGUGAUGCUGUGAACAGGAUGAGCAAAUGGAUUUGUGAUGCGGCUGCAGUUGCUAACCUGCACUACACUGCAGAGUGCAACUUGUCAUGCGUGACUCACAAACCUCCUAGGUUUUUGUUGCAAAAUCCCCAUCCUGACUCUGGUGUGGGUACGUUUUUACUCAGGAUAUGGCAGCUCCACGGGCGUAGUCCCCAACCACGCGGCCUCGCAGCUGUCCGCUGCGCAGUUUGCCGCCGCGGCGAACAUGGGUGCUGCUGCCGCGGGCGGGUUACAGGGAUCUGCUGGCGUCAACUCCCUCGGAGCUGCUGCGUUUGGCGCCGGGUCUGGCGCCGGGAAUCACGGCGGGUUAUGGAGUGCAAAUAUGUCUGGGUCUGGAAGAUUGCGAGAUUUGUCAUGCUGAUCUGGAAUGGCCCUUAAAUCUGUAUUGCUUGGGGCCAUCGAAACAGCCUCUCUCGCCUGUCAUGCAAAAACGCAGUUUCUCAUGCGGAAAACGCAGCACAGAAGCACGAGACAACUUGUCAUGCUUGGCGGCGCAUUACAGUGCAUUUGUUAUUGACCGACUUGCAUCACAAGUUUCCAGACCCAGACGUAUUUGCAAUCCAUACGGGUUUGGGGUCAACGACGAAUUUGCCAACGCAAACCCCACGGCGAACCUGGCUGCGGUAUUGAAAGGAAAAAUCCCCCCUCCCCAUAUCGCAACGAAGUCUCUGAUGCUGAAUUUGCGUACACAAAUCAGAUUUGUCGUGCAGAAAGUGCUUGGCGGCAUUUUCUGAGCCUGUUUGAGUAUGCAGAAGGCUAGCAAUUGCGCAUGGCAAACAGGUUUGCAGUAGUCGAAAGCGCAUGACAGACUUGCUCAUGAACGCGUUAAAUGGCUCCUAUGAUCUUAUAUGCAAGACAAAGAUGAUUUGUGACCACAAACCUGCAUCACAAAUUUCCGUUUUGAUCUAGGGAGGGAGGAUUUUUCCUUUUGAUAUGCGGCCCACAUGGGCGCGGCGGCGGCGCACGCCCACCAUUCCGCCGCGACGGCCGCUGCUGCGAGGGUAUAGUAUUGUGUUUGUGAUAUAGAAUGAUCAGCAUGUUCUUGGCUUCAAGAAAGGUCGUCAUGCAGCAGCACAAGUGCGUAUGGUCCUUACCCGAACGAAGAAAAAGUGUCAAAACUCUGUCAUGCUGUUUUCACCAAAACGAAGGAAACCUGCGAUGCAAAAAAACCAUCAGAACUACGGUGCUGGGUAUGGUCACGAGGAGUGGGCCGAGUGGAACAAGUGGUCGAACGCGUCGGGGUAUGAUCGGAAAUCGAAGUAGAAAGCUUGUAGUGUCGGAUCAGCAUGACAGAGUUCGGCGGGGGCUGUGAUGCGUGGCUUAUAGUCUACGUGAGAGAACACGUACAACGCAACUUGUGAUGCAAGAAUAGCCUAGAUUAGUAGACUAAGAACUGACUGCCUCUACCUGUGAUGCAGUUGUUCUGUACAACACAACAAGCAAAAAGGUUUUUUACUUUCAUACCAGUUCCAAGCGUGGUAGCGGUGCUUCGCAGUCUAUGGACAGAAGAAAGUUGGUCAUCAUCACUCGUCACUUGCAGUUUUCGCACGAGAAAUUUUGGAGGCCUUUCUUGUAGUAUUGCAAAAGCACCAGAGAAAUCCCGUAUCAGAUUUGAUUGUGAUGCAUCUUCAUGCAUGGCAGAGGCUGUUUGUAUUGCAAGAUUGUCGAUGAGUGAUCGUGAAAUUUUUUUUUGUUUGAUACAGUCCUGGAAGAACUACCAGAACUCCUACUCCGCGGGAAUGGCGAACGCUUUGAGUACUUCUUUUUACUGUAUUUAGGUUUCGACGCAUGAGCAAACUGCACUAGCAUGGAAGCAACUGCAUGACAAGUUUUAUCUUUUGUAGGACAUCUAGCGAAACAAAAAAGCAAUACAAGUUUAUCGUUUUGAUGUGUUUCCCGCACGACAAAUGACCACCACAAAUCAGAUGCUCCGGGUGCUGGCAUGGGUUACCAGAUGGAUGCGGGCUACGACAGUUUUUUUAAUGCCGGCGCUUUUGAUCAGGAAUUCAUGGGUGCGGCCAACGGCGGUAAGCUUGUUCGAGAACUAAGCGCGUGCAAGAUCCAAAGUAGUUGUUGUAUCCGUUGUAAGUAUGCAGUCGCAGUAGGCAUUGCAUGCAAUAAUCCCUAAACGCGCAUUCUCCGCUUGUUCAAUCAUCUCAGGUGCGUCUGGCCUCUUAGGCGGCGCCGGUCACCAAAACACUCCGUCGAUCCCAACCACGCGGGCUGGGGAGCAUGCUCUGGAAACCGCGGAGAAACAGAAGAUGGACGAGAAGUGCGGCUACCAUGGCGGCGCGUAA